GUAUUUAAGUAAGAUAGAUUUAGCGCUUUGAGUACAGCGCUAACAUAUUGUACACAGUUGUGUUCAGCUUAAAAUGUAAAAGUCAUUUGGAUAAUUAUUGCAUAAUUGAUUAAUUCAUCUCUAAUGCCUACAUUGUUGUAUAUUUUCUUGAGAUUAUCACAUAUACUGUUAUUUAUAUGUCUGACGGACAUUUUCUGCCUGGAUAUAUUGAAGAAAGUUGAAAAUAAUUCAGUAAUUCUGCCAACGAAUCACACAGUCAAUGCAUUAUUAAAUAAAAAUGGAUCCACGAAAGUCAAAUCAUUUCGUAAAAUAAGAACACAAAAUAAUCCAAAAUCAAAAUUCUUGUAUAGACGAAGUGAUCUGAUUGAUUCAGAUAAAAAUGAUAUCAUAAAAAUGAAAGCUGUAUUGAACCAUACUGCUUUAUUACCAUGUCGUCCAGAUAAGAAAUUAUUAACUGAAAACGGUGUUGAUGAAAACACGAAAGGAACAUUGUUAUGGAAACGUACUAAAACAAAUGAUUACUUAAUUCACAAUAACAGACGUCUUCAUCCAGAUACUCGAUACAUCCUGGAUAUGUCUUCAUUCGAUCAGACUAUACUAGAUCUACGUAUUGAUCGGGUUCAGAGAACCGAUGAAGGUGAAUAUGUGUGUCUUUAUUCGAAUGGUCAAACAGUCUAUAAACAACGUGUUUACCUCAAUGUGCUAGUACCUCCAGUUAUAUCUGAAAAUAGUUCCAGUUCUACACGAGUAAUUGCACAUGAAGGUGAAGCAGUUGUCUUACAAUGUAAAGCUUGGGGUGUACCAGAACCGAUCAUCACGUGGUAUUUAACGCCGAAAGAGGGACGUCAAUAUCGAAUAUAUGAAGCGACAGAUAAAAGAUUUACAAUUAAACCAAAUCAGCUAAUAAUUUCGAAUAUCACCCGUGAUUUACACGGAACUUACAAGUGUCUGGCACAAAAUGGACUAGAACAGAAUGCAUGGCGUGUUAUCGACAUUGAUGUUCGCUAUCCGCCCACAAUCGAAAUGGCUAAUCUCAAACUCGGACAAUUACUUAGAGGUACUACUAUGGUACGUGCUGUGAUUGCCGGUAAUCCAAUCAAUCUGUUCUACUGGGAAUUUGAAGGGCGGCCAAUACAUGGACCUAAUAGUAACUGUCUUAUACCAUUGCCGAAUGAAAAGUAUUGUAUUCUUAUUGACAAAGCUAAUUCUAAACAUGGAAUAAUCAGAACAACCCUGUUCAUAGCUAAUUUGACGACAGCUAACUAUGGUUAUUACACAUGUGUUGUCGAGUCACCAUUUGGUACAUUUCGAAAUAGUACAGAAGUAUUCAGAACAUAUUCAUCUCCAUCAACAACAUGGGAUAAUCCAUUCGGAGGAAGUUAUGAGCAUCAUACACCAAGUUUACUGACUAAUUAUCAAGGUUCAUAUGAAAAAAUGUCAGAAAAGUUAAAUAAACGUGCAACUUACCUUACUCAAGAUCGUCUCCAACCAUCAUCCUCCUUUUCUUCAAUGCCUUCAUCAUUGGGUCAAAGUGACUAUUCCUCAAUAUCAGCCACUUCUGCAAUAAACCAUCAAAAACCACCAGUGUGUUCUUCAUGUUCAAAGUAUAAAUCCAGCAAAGAUUCAACGACUAACUCUCCGAAUACCAGAAUGAUGCAUCCAUUCAAUGAUUAUGCCUAUUUCAGAAAUUUCUCACAUACAGUAAAAUUUUCGCUAUCAACAUUCCAUUUAUUAGUGUUAAACAUUUUUACCUUAAUAAUCUACAAAUACUUACUCUAAAUUAUAAAUUUCAUUUUUAAAAAUGAAGAAAUCAUAUCACAAUGCAUUUAAACAGUGUAAAACAGGCAUAAAAAGUUAAAAAAACAAAGAACAAACAAUCAAAUUUCCAUUUCAUCAUCUUCUUCUAUUCAUCUGUUAACAAGUGACAUAAUUUGGCAUCACUUUAGCAGAUCCAAAACAAAACAGUACUACUUUGACUUGUUAAAAGCAUUUAUUUGCUAAAUCAGCCUAUUGUCUUUACCUCUUUGCUUAAAUAUACGUGUAUGUUUGCUUAUGCUUUAUGUAAACAACCAUGUACAACGAAGUAAGCAAGACUAUGUAAAG